AAGCAGAGUGUCCGAAGAAGAAGACUCAGAUGGGCGUUGAAGAUCGUCGAGGUUUUGAAGUGCUCGAAGAACACACUACGUUGGCGUUUAGCUUUCUCUCAAACUCACUUUCUUCUACCGAUCUCGGCGACUGGGCCGGUUCAACCUGUAGAUUAUAACGCUGUCUCGACUCGUGGUCACAUCUCAAAAAAAAAAUCUCCAAGUCGUAACGUCAGGAACCAUGAGUUCGUCAAUUAUUUUCGUACGUCGGUUGCGUUUGUGCGAUGUGUUUCCUGACAACCCCCGCCGUUUCGAAGGCGGCAAGGUCCCUGAAUAAUCAUCGAAGUCUACAGGAUGGAAGCGCCGACGUUCUUAUUAGCAGCAACGCGAUUCCCGACCAUAUUCGUGAACAUUUGAAUAACUUUUUUUCGGAAUUGACUCCUAGCAAAUUGUUCACGCUACUCAGAAGCGGACAGUGGGCUCGAGAGACACCCUACGAAUUUAAACCUGAACCCGAUGUCGAAGCGCAUCCUCGAGGUUACGAAGAACUUUACAACGACUUCCUGCAAUCGAGGAAACAACGGACUUACACCAACGGAGUUUAAUUUGACAAGUUACUUUAAUUAUGAAAAUUAGAGAAACCAAAAAAAAAGAAGUUUCAUGUAUGAGAAUGAGUGCGAGUGCAAUGAAAAUUUAUUUAAGAAAAUUAAUAGAUAAAUAAAUAAAUAAAUAAUAAGAUAAAAACAAGUCUAUUAGCUGAUUAUUUUUACAGGUAUAUUAAAAAAAUUACCUGCAAGGUAAUGGAAAAAUAUAUCAGAUAUCGAUCAUAAAACGAACGUGAAAUACGUAAUCUAUUUGUGGUGUCCUCUGAUCCAUAACGGAGAACUGACACUUAUCUCGCGAAGAAUUACACCUAAGAAAACAUCUUAUGCAAAUAAGUAAACCGGAAUGUAAAAUUAGAAUAGCAUAAUCGAUAUGCAGUGCAACGCAUAUGCACAUAGAGCGAGUACGUUAAUGACGAAACAAACAUACGACUCACCGGUUUCUCUAUGAAUAAUAUUUUUAAGUGGCAUCCUGCGCGUCGUGUAGAAAACUACGGACGGUCGACGAAGGAUUAUAGAUAUUUAGUGCAGUGAAAUGAAGUCAAAUAAAAAACACCCCAAUUAAGAUAUGACGUGAAUGAAUUUUUGAAAUGCAUAUCCAGGGAUUGCCUAUACAUUUUUCCACUGUAACGUUUCAGAUUCAGAUGUGACUUUCUUUUCGGUUGCAUGGUAUGCACUCAUGUACGUACACGGGUAUAAUGAACUGAUAACAAGCAACGUAAAUAAUUUUUGGUGCAUGUAGCGGAGGAAUAAUUAGUCGCAAGAACAGUGUACAUGGUUGUUCAACGUACAAGCGAAACAAUCCGAAGAAACAAGUUUUUGAAGAUACUAAAUUUAGCAAGUAUUAUUCCACGACGACACGAGUAGUCCGUGACAUUUUUUUAAUAAAUAUUCAUAUUUCUCAGUAUUGCAGCUAUUACAUAUGGUAGGUAAAUCCACUUCAGGACAGGCAGUUGAGUUAUCUUUCAUCAUCGGUGAGGGCUGUAAAGCCCAAACGAUAUUGCCGGUAUUAUCUCCCUCAAGGCUAUAUUUGUUUUAUAUUUCAUUAACGUUAACCACCUGAAACAUCGAGAACUAAAAAUUACCGAGACGGGGGAUUUGGCAAGGUUGGUCCUGAACUCGUCACGGUGACACAAGGACGGACAGGCGCGGGGCAGCGCUGAUUAAAUACUGCUGCGGAGCUGCCCACCUCUCAGUAUCUACAUGCGCUUCUACCUUUACGGUUUUGUCGGUCCAUAGGUGCAAAUAAAGUGCGUUCGUGCCCACAGGAAAAUGCAGGACUUCAAGAAGUCGUUUUACCUCAGCCUAGCAGCUCUGGUUAUUAUCUCGAUCAGUGAAAUCGCGGGGUAUCCAAAUCCGAGCGAACCAUCAGGUGAUAAGUCACAGACGGCUUCUGCAAAUGUGACCAAUUCAACGGACGUCGAAUGCCCAGGAAUUCCUAAAAGUUAUUACGACGAAUUGGGCUGCAGACCAGUUUUCAAAAAUCCCGAGGACCGAUGCCCCGUUCGUUAUACCUGUGCGAAUUUUGAAGAGGCCGAUACUGAAAUGUGUCAUUUUCGCGGUGAAUCAAUUGCGCCUGGUACAACGUUGAACGACACCGGAAACCCUUGCGACAUCGACUGUACCUGUACCCUAGAGGAACCGUCACCUGGAUUCAACGUUUCAAAAAUGGCCGUAUUCAGGUGCCCCGUAGUCGACUGUCCUCUGGAGGAACAAUCUUCCUACGACGAAAAUGGAGAACUGCUUAAAUGCGUACCGAAAAAAAGUCACGACGAAUGCUGCGCUUCGGAAACUGUUUGCAUCGACGACGCCGAUGACGACGAUGACAAUAACAGCAACGAGACAAGAAGUGUGACUGACACGAAGAAUGCCGAUGCAAAAAAUUCGACUGGACCAGAACCCAAAAAAUUAGCGAAGUGCGUAACAGCAGACAACAAAACGUACGUGGAGGGUCAGGAAUUUUAUCUGGAGGAUCAACCUUGCAAAGUUUGCAUUUGUCAGCCCGGAUAUACAGCCGGAGAAUCUGGAGAGCCGUGGUGCCGGGAAGUACGAUGUGGUUCCGUUAUAGAACACACCAGACAAAUUCGAGAGGGAUGUGUUCCCGUUUACUACAACACGAGUCGUUGCUGUCCAAUUGCAUUCCAUUGCCCCGAUGAAAACGACAAGGUAAUCUCAAACGUACCCACGAAAAUCGCGCCGAAGCCAGACGAAUCCUGUAAAUUCGGUGAGAACAUCCUGAGAAUCGACGAUAAACUUGCCCCGAGGCCAACAGAGAAAUGCAUAGAAUGCGAGUGCCAGGUGCCGCCAUACUUGCUCUGCCACAUGAAACCUGACUGCUAACUGCAAGUUUUGAUGAAAAUCAAGAAUCCAUUCGUUAUGAACCAUACCAAACAAAUUUUACUAUGAACGGAUGAGCAAUGAUUUUUAAUACGAACAAGUAUUGAAUGAAUUAAACUACAUUCACAUGUACUAUUUAUAUGCGAUGCACGUUUAGAAUAGUGAAAAAUCAGUAUUUCAGAUCGUUAUUUAUUGUGUGGCUGACGAUUCGUCGGUAUCGAUCAUGACGGUAAAUAAAUUCACACGAGAUGUCGGCAAGAAUGUACUGUAAAGAUUAUUUAAUUGAUGUCAAACUCGAGCUGAUGAGCGCACUGCGCGAAAAUGAUUAUCACAAUCAUUGGUUCGCACCGAGUGAUUAGCAAUUCCAACAGCGAAUAUACAGAGUAUUAUUAUAUACAAUUUCGUAAUCUUAGAAUUAGUGCAUUAAACUAGUCGUAAGACAACUGCAUAUUCCGUAAUUUCUGAACGUAUUCAACAUGAUGAUAAAGUUUAUAUAGCUACAAGAAAUUCCUACAAAUAAAUUAUAUACAAAUAAAUUAUUCAAUACCAAA